GUUUCGGUUUUGUUUUACACUUUUUGACAUUGACAGCGAGUCAAUGGCUGAUUGCAUGGUUGUCAGAUGGAAUUAAAACCAUAUUAAAUAUUUACAUUCCAUUAUAUUAAAUAUGAGGUGACGUGGAUCUAGUUGAAGUUAAAAGUCUAAUCAUUCCAGUAGUAGUCAUAAAUAUUUAAUUGUAUGUUAAAAAUGGCGGGUGCCCCGGUCAAAUUGGGUUCUAUUGUUUCAUUUUGUGUUCUGUUUUAUGCGAUGUAUUAUCGCCGUAAUGACAUAGGUGAUGAAAGAUUAUCACCUGUGAAGAAUCAUUUGCUGUUUUUGGAGAGUGAGAACAAAGUUGGUGUUGGGAACAGUCAGCCGAAAGUAGCUUUAGGUUAUGGAGCAUGUCAUGAUUUGUUCGUGAAUGCUACGUCGCUUCUGGACUACAAAGAUCUUAAAGGCAGCCCUGAACACUUCAACGAGAUCACAAACAAGGAGGAGUUUGUUAAAAGCUUUACUUACUUUUUCAAGCAUGGUGCAGCUGCUGAGAGAUUCAUGUCUAAUAGCAAGUUAUAUGAUGAAUUAGUGGAGCAAGCCCUUAAACUGCCAGACACAAGAUGGGCUAUAGGUGGAAAUGCACCCUUAAUGGCUAAACGAUUCUUUCUGGAGGGUUGGAAAGUACUUUUUGGGGGAAAGAUGAGUAAAAAACUGAAAACAUAUAUCCCUGAAGAAAUUCUUAUAGUUGGUGAUGAUGAAAAUGAAGAAGUGAAAGAUGAUAUACACAUGAUAUUAGAGUACAAAGCUGAUGAAAAAUUUGGUAAAUACAAAGCACCCCGAGCAAAUAGAUACAUCAUGCAUAAUGAUGAAAAUAAUCCACUUUUAAGUUCCUUAGAGAAGCUCGGUGAACAUUUACCAAGCUUCAAACCCAAUUUGCUAGUCAUUAGCGGUCUACAAAUGAUGGAUAACUUCCCAUUCAAACAAGAUGGUAGAGAUUUAAGAGCAGAAAGACUAGAUCUAGUCAAAGAACAAGUUUUAUCACAACCUUUGAACACAUUAGCCCAUUUUGAGAUGGCAAGUUAUGUAGAUCUGGAGUUACUGAAACAUCUUACAACUAAAGUGUUGCCAUUUGUUGAUUCAGUUGGUAUGAAUGAACAAGAGUUAUCAAACCUCAAUAGUGUAUUAGAACAUGGCCGUGUUGUUGUCGUCGCUGACUCCAAUCCAAGAGUGGCAACAGCACUCGAUCAAAUGAGGAACACAUACAAACUCAUACGUGAGAAGAACAACGCAUUUGGUAGCAAGAGAAAAUUGACAAGAAUGCACGUACACACUUUAGCAUAUCAAGCUAUUUUAACUGUACAAAAUUCUGAAUGGAAAAGAACAGCUGCGGCAGCCGCUAAAGCAUCACUGACUGCACAUAGAUAUGUCUGUAAUUCACAGAAUAUAAACCUUGAAAAGACAAAGUUAUUACUUGAUGAUAGUUUUUCAACGACUACUAAUAAUGAUAACAAUAGUAGAGUAUUCUUCGAGCCUAAUAAGCCUGUGGCAUGUUGGGAGGAGACGAUAGUAGGUGACAAAGUUGAGAUAUGUGUCGCUCCGGUUCUAAUUUGUACAGAAGCUCAAUUAACCGCAGGUGCGGGGGACAAUAUCUCUGCCGCAGGUUUGGUUCUACAAGUCGAAAUUUAAAUAUAUAUAAUAUUU